AUGAAGGCAUCACUGUUGAUUCCACUGCUUGCUACUGUGGCACAAGCGUUCUACCUCCCAGGAACGGCGCCAACGUCCUACAAGGCUGGCGACAAGGUUCCAUUGUUGGUGAACCAUAUCUCACCAAGCGGGUUCCACGAUUCGCAUAACACGGAGGAGUUCAGCUAUUCGUACGACUACUACUAUGACAGGCUGCACCUGUGUCGUCCAGAGAAUAUGGAGAAGCAGCCGGAGUCCCUAGGCUCGAUCAUCUUUGGUGACAGAAUCUACAACUCUCCGUUUGACAUCACGAUGCUGAAGGAUGAAACGUGUAAAGAGCUGUGCACAGCUCAUUUCCCAACUUUGGACUCGUUAUUCGUCAACAAGCUGAUCAAGAGUCAGUUCUUCUACAACUGGCUGAUCGAUGGACUGCCAGCUGCGCGUCUUCUGUACGACCAACGUACAGAUGACUACUUUUACGGUUCUGGGUUUGAGAUGGGUUACGUCGAUGACAAGAACGUUCCGCACCUUGUGAACCACUUUGUCAUCAACAUUGAGUACCACCAGCGUGGUGAGGAUGAGUUCCGUGUUGUGGGUGUCAUCAUUGAGCCUCAUUCUUGGUCUCGUGGCGAUUACUCCUGUCCAACCUCUGAUCAAUCUCCGGUGACGUUGCUGCCUCACGAGGACACAGACGUCAGAUUCACCUACGACGUUAAAUGGGUCCCAAGUGAGACUUUGUGGGCCACAAGAUGGGACAAGUAUCUACACGUGUACGAUCCUAAGAUCCAAUGGUUUGCUCUCAUCAACUUUUCCUUGAUUGUUGUGUGUCUCUCUCUGGUCAUUGUCCAUAUCUUGUACAGAGCUCUGCAGGCUGAUAUCUCAAGAUAUAACGAGAUCAGCUUGGACGAUGACUUACAAGAGGAGGCUGGAUGGAAGUUGGUUCACGGUGACGUUUUCAGAUCACCACGUUUCCUAUUGUUCCUUUCGAUUAUCGUCGGUUCAGGUGUACAGAUUCUCUUUAUGGCCUUCACAACAAUGAGUUUCGCAUUGGUCGGUCUCUUGUCACCUUCAAAUAGAGGCGCAUUAUCAACGAUUAUGUUCAUCUUGUACGCUCUCUUUGGAUGCGUGGGAUCCUACGUCUCUGGAAGUGUGUAUAAAUUCUUUGAAGGUUCAGACUGGAAGCUGAAUAUGAUUCUUACACCAAUCGUUGUUCCAGGUGUGAUCUUGCUGGUGAUGACUUUCUUGAAUUUCUUCCUCAUUGGUGUCCAUUCCUCUGGUGCAAUUCCAGCCGGCACGUUCCUUGCAAUUAUCCUCAUUUGGUUUGUCAUGUCUGUACCAUUGUCCAUUGCCGGUUCUCUGAUCAGUUUAAAGAGAGGAAACUUGAGUAAACCAGUUCGUACAAAUCAAAUUCCAAGACAAAUCCCAACAAAGCCUUGGUAUUUCAAGACUUGGUUUGUUGCAGCCAUUGCUGGUCUCUUCCCAUUCGGCUCUUUAGCUGUUGAGAUGUACUUCAUCUACUCUUCCUUGUGGUUCAGCAAGGUUUACUAUAUGUUUGGAUUCCUCUUCUUCUGCUUCAUCUUGAUGGUUUUGACGACUUCUCUUGUGACCAUUUUGAUGACAUACUAUACGUUGUGCAGUGAGGAUUAUAACUGGCAAUGGAGAUCUAUGUUCAUUGCCGGUGGCUGUUCUGUCUAUGUCUUCAUCCAUGCCAUUCUCUUGACUAAGUUCCAGCUCGGUGGGUUCACAACCAUUGUGCUGUACACAGGGUAUUCUUUGCUCAUCAGCUUCCUCGUCUUCGUCUUGACAGCUUCUAUUGGAUUCCUUUCGAGCUUGUUCUUCAUCAGAAAGAUCUAUUCCACUGUUAAAGUUGAAUAA